AAAUAUCAGAUACGAACAUAAUUAUUUUAUAUGUAACCGAGCAUUAAUCAAUCAAUUUAUAGGUCCACGUGCUUAUGUUAAGGUGUAUGGAUAGAUCUUUGCCAGCUCAAGCACGCUUAGCUGAACGGAACGGGGUAUUUCACGACACAGAUUACUGGGCUAGCUGGAUAACUGCGCUAAAACCCGGAACAGCUCCUUUUAUUUCAGUUCAUGUUUUAGAUUUGAGAGGGUUCCGGGUUUAUUCGGUGCAAUUACCAAGCAAACUCGGUAACCCUCUUUCGUGAAAGAUCCCCCUGAUCUAAACCGAACAGAAAGCAGAGUCGUGUUGAAUGAUUCCACCCACUGAAGUAUUGAUCUGUUCACAAAACCAACGUUUGGGAACUGAACUAUUCUGUAGCCCACCGUCCCAGUAAUACGAGCUGAGCUGUAUUAUCGUAGGCACUGCACAAGGCGCUGAUGGGUACGAAUAAUUGUAGUGCUCUCACGCCUAUUAUUUCAUAGUUUCUUUUCUCUGCGUAAACAACAUUUCAACCGCCUUCAGUUAAUACGUGACAAGUAUACACCAAUUAUCGACGAAUGCGUGUCGGCGGCGAGGAGAAAAGAAACAUCAACCUCAACUGUCUUUACGGCAUUCCAUUUAGUAGAAGCACAAGGAAGCAGAGAAGCUGUUGUAGCGAAUCCAAAAGCCAGUCUCUGUGAAUCGAAAACAUUUGAAACUAGGUGUGAUUUGUUCAGCUACUUCGUAAAACACAAAAUAGCUUCUAAUUCGCAGGUUUACAUUCAGGAUUUUGCUAUAAAGUUCGUGCUGGGUAUUUCCGACCAACACUUCCGAAAGCUUUGUUGCUUACCUGUAGCCGAUAGUAUUGCGUGAACGUUCGCCUGCUUACCUGUGCUCAUUUGUCACUUGGAAGAGAAAGUAAACUUCUGGGUAUUUCGUACCCAUAUGAGACUGAGAUGACGACAUUUUGAAACAGGGUUACACAUCAGGCUCUGCAAUAAGAACUCUGAUUUGCACCACAAAUUCUAAAGGUGCCUGAUGGUGAGCCCGGAGGUGAAGAGUAAUGCUGACGGUUCUCUGCAAGGGCCAGAAUGAAUGUGACCAAUGGCAACACAGCAUCAGAGGAGGGCGGGGCCAGUGGGGGGGGCUACGUCUUGUUCAUCUACCCCAGACUUCAGGGGCACACGGCAGGCUGCUGCAAGCUGGUGGUCCCCCGGGGUGCGACAGCGAUCAGUGUGGUGCAGGAUGCUGUGGCAACGCUGGGGGUAGGCGGGGGGAAGCUGCAUGAGCUGGUGGAGGUGAGGGAGGUGGGCGGAGUGCAGCAUGUGCUGGAAGGGGCAGACUGCCCUGUGGAGAGGGUCCUCCUGUGGCCCCCCCACGCCCAGCAGCCACACCCCCAGAGUCAGGGGUACUACUUCCACCUGCAGGAGCGCAGCCAUGGCAACAGUGACCAUGGCGACUGCCCCCUCUCAGAGGAGGGCAUCGACAACCUGUGCGACCUGCCCAUCCUGACCGAGGCUAGCAUCCUGGCCAACCUGCGAACCCGUUUCCACAGCAACCAGAUCUACACCUACGCCGGCGGCGUCCUGCUGGCUGUUAACCCCUUCAGGUUCCUGCCGGUGUACAACCCCAAGUACGUGAAGCUGUACGACGGGCACCGGCCCGGGCAGCUGGCACCCCACGUGUUCGCCGUGGCGGACCUGGCCUUCUACAGCAUGCUGCGCCAGGGCGCCAGCCAGUGCGUCGUCCUCACCGGGGAGAGCGGCUCCGGGAAGACACAGAGCGCCAACUUCCUGCUCCACUGCCUGACCGCGCUCAGCCGCAAGGGCUACGCCAAUGGCGUGGAGCGCACCGUCCUGGGGGCGGGGCCUGUGCUGGAGGCAUUUGGCAAUGCAAAGACGGCUCAAAAUGACAACUCCAGCCGCUUUGGGAAGCUGAUCCAGGCACACUACCUGGAGAGUGGAGUAGUACGAGGGGCAUUGCUUCACAGAUACCUGCUGGAGAAGAGUCGUGUCGUCUCCAGGGAGCCCUGCGAAAGGAAUUACCACGUGUUCUACUACAUGUUAGCUGGGGCGUCAGAGGAGGAGAGGCGGGAACUCAAGCUUCUACAGCCACAAGAUUACCUGUAUCUCACCCAGGUGUCCCCUGUACAGGACUCAUGUCUGGCUUCAGAGUAUAACAGGCUGCAGCAGGCUAUGGAGAUGGUGGGAUUCCUCCCUCCCACCAGGAGACAGAUUUUCUCAGUGCUGUCGGCCAUCUUGUACCUGGGCAACCUGACUUACACCUGCAGAGAAACCGACACAGACCAGGGGCUGGAGGUGGGGCCAGGGGAGGCCCUCAACACACUGUCCCGCCUCCUGCAGGUAAAACAGGAAAUGCUGGUGGAGGUGCUGACUAAGAGGAAAAUACUGAAGGCCAAAAACACACUCAGCUUUCCCUACAGCCAGAGCGAGGCCAUUGCUGUUCGUGACUCUAUGGCAAAGGCUCUAUAUAGCGCCUUGUUUGACAGGAUCAUCCUUCGCAUCAACCACUCCCUGCUCAACAGGAAAGACAUCACGGACCCUGCAUUGUUUGAGCACCAGUGUUUGUUCAUUGGAAUCCUGGACCUGUUUGGAUUUGAGAAGUGCAGAGCCAAUGGUUUCGAGCAGUUCUGUAUUAACUACGCCAGUGAGCUGCUGCAGUACUACUUCAACCAACACAUCUUUGAGCUGGAGCAGGAGGAGUACCAGACAGAAGGACUUACCUGGCAGACCAUCAACUACAGGGACAACAGUGGCUGCAUCCACCUGUUCAACAGUCAGCCCCAUGGCCUGAUCCACCUGCUGUAUGAGGAGAACAGCUCUCCUCAGGCCACAGAUAGAACCCUCCUGGACAGAUUUGAGCAGGAACACCAUGGCAACCCCUUCUUCUGGGCCACGCCCACGGGAGAGCUAGCGUUCGUCAUCCAGCACUUCCCCGGAAAAGUGAAAUACCAGAUCAAGGAUUUCCGGGUGAAGGAUGCGGACCGUGUCCCGGCGGGUGUGAUCGCACUGCUGAAGCACAGUGACCGGGCGUUUGUGAGGUCACUGGUGAGGACCGAUCCCGUGGCCGUGUUCCGCUGGGGCGUGGUCCGAGCCAUCGUCCGCAUCAUCGCUGCCUUUAAGCAGGCUGGCCUCCGCCUGGCUAAUAGGAAUGCAGGUCAGAGGUGGCGCGGGUCUCGGACUCCGAUUGGGCAGCUGCGGAGGAAGUCCAGCACCAUGGUGGAGCAGUUACAGAGCCGCCGCUCUCUGCUGGAAUUUUCCUUCGACCGGUCUGAGGAUCACCCUCUGGAGAUCAUGGAGGACAUCUUCGCCAGCUAUGAGAGGAGGAAGAAGAGUAAAGGCAACAGGCAGAAGCAGAUCAUUCCCAAGAAUCUGAUUAGCACGCGCUCCCUGCAGUGCAUUGUGGGUUUGACGCUGCGUGACCCCACCAUGCCCCUGCACAUGCCCUGCACCAGUGCCCAGUUCCAGGUGUCCCUGUGUAAACUCCUGCAGACUCUGAAGCGAGCCCAUCCUUUCUUUAUCCAGUGCAUCCGCUCCAAUGCUGAGAAGAAGGAGAUGUGCUUCGAUGAUGAGCUGGUUCUGGCCCAGCUGCAGUACUCAGGCCUGCUGCAGACAGUGCGCAUGCAGAAGGCAGGAUACAGCGCCAAGUUCACCUUCCAGGAGUUCACAGAGACGUUCCAGGUGCUGCUGCCCAAAGCUCGUGCAGCUGAGCCCCAGAGAGACAUCCUGGCCCUGCUACAGGAGGCCGGCUUGGACUCCUCCACCUAUCAGAUCGGCAAAACCAAGGUGCUCCUGCGGGCGGCGCAGUGGCAGAUGCUGCAGGAGAGGCAGAGUUUGGAGCUGCAGCGCAUGAUCGUCGUGCUGCAGCGCUGGUACCGCGCAAGACACGAGAGGAGGGAGUUCCAACGCAAGAGGGUGGCGGCCAUCAUUAUCCAGCGAUGGUGGCGGGGCAUCAGCGAGGAGAGCCGUCACCAGGCAGCUGCCAUGAUCCAGGCGCUGUGGCGCGGGUCCCAGCAGCGGGCGGGGUACCUAAAGCAGCGCGCCAGCAUCAUCAAGAUGCAGGCUCUGGUGAGGGCCAGCUCAGCACGACGGAGGUGCCAGUACCUGAAGAAUGAGCAGGAGGGUGGGGCUCAGGAUAAGGGGGCGGAGCCCGGAGAGGUAGGCAUGGCCAGAUCCCCACCACUCCAAAAGGCCUCUACCUCCCAGAGGACCCCAGAGGGGAAGGAACUCCAGCGGCAAGACAGCCUGGGGUACGAGGCCCCGCCCCCUCCACAGGUCAAAGGUCAGGGGGCCACCAAUGCAGCAGAGACCAGAGCAGCACAGCUGGAGAAGGAGGAGGGGAAGAAGAGGGGAGAGAUGGAUGGCCCUCCCUGCCCUGCCUCCCCUGGUACCCUGCAGCGCUACUACAAGCAUACCGCCAUGAAGAAAAAGGCCGCCAAAUGGAGGGAGAGAAGGAGUGAGGGAGGCUUCCUGGACUCCAGCCCUCAGAUCCUCAACCUGAAGGACAAACGGACCGAAGACUUAAUGUCUCGCGGUCUCUCCUUGUCUCUGGACAACGUUUCCACACUCAGCUCCUCUGAGUCUGACAGCCCAGCUACUGAAAAAUCUACGGAAGAGGUGCGUGUGCGUCUUCGCCGGCGGUCGAAGCGUAAACGGCGCCUCGCUCAUGCGCGUAGCGGCCUGAUGUUUAAGAGUGUGGCGCUGGAGGACGCAGAGUGCUGGACCUUCCCCCUGCCACCCAUCAGCCCUGCCCCCUCUGGCAAGCCCAACCCCCCCUCCCACAGCGAGCCCGAUGGGCUGCCACACUCCAAGCCCUGCGUGCAGACCAAGUCCCUGCCAGAAGCAACUCCUGAAAGCUCAAAGGUCACGAUCCCCAGGAGGAGGUCCAGUGGGAGUUCACCAGUCAGCCCAGGAAGGCCAGGUUUUCUGAGUCGUCUUCUGAGGAAACGAACCAACAGAGAGCUGCACCACAGGCCUGUGGAACCUGCUGUGACCCCAACGCAGGCCAGAGGGCUGGGUUGGAGUCCUGCUGCCCCCCUUCGGCCCUCCAGUGGGCACAGCCGCCGGAACCCCUCCAUCCGGAUCAGCCGCGCCACCCGCGUCUCCGAGCAGUGGAACGCGUCCCUGGAGCGUGAGAUCACUAGCACCAGCGAGCUCUGGCACCUGGAUGAGUUCCUCGGCAACCAGGUGAAUGAGCUUCGCUCUCGGGGCAAGCAGCUCUCUACAGCAGAGAAUAUCUUCCUCAGUGCCACCAUGGCGUUUAGGGAGACUAUUAAGGGCAUGUACUCCCUAUCGAAGCCACAGAUCCGCUACAAAGGGCUGAUGAGAAACUAUAAGGACAAGGUGACCAGCCUGGCGGGACAGAAGCAGGAGGCCGAGGUCAAGCUGGUGUUGAACCUGUUCCAGUCCGUCCUGGAUGGCUUCGUUCGCGGGGAGAUGCGGAGAGAGGACUCCCUGCCCACUAAGCCUUCAAAAAAAGAAAAGAGUUCAUCAAAAGACAAGUUUGAAAGUGUCCUUGACCACACCCUCCGGACCUAUCAGGUCAACAUCAUGCAGUCAUGUGACCAGUGUGGCUCCUACAUCUGGGGCAUGGAGAAGGCCUUCAUGUGCUGCUCUUGUAAAAUGAUUUGUCACAAGAAAUGCUUGUCAAAGAUCUCCACAGACUGUUCCACCCUUUGCGCCAAGAAAUAUGACGGUGAAACUGACACUCUGCAGUUUGGAGUGCGAGUGUCCCUCCUGAUCAGCAGCUCGAACCCAGUGCCCAUCGUCAUGGAGAAGAUGUUGGGGCAUGUGGAGAUGAACGGGCUGUACACCGAGGGCAUCUACCGGAAAUCCGGCUCUGCGAGCCGUGCCAGGGAGCUGCAUCAGGUGCUGGACAGCGACGUGCAGAGUGUUUGCCUGGAGGACUAUCCCAUCCACACCAUCACCAGUCUGGUGAAAAAGUGGCUGAGGGAGCUUCCUGACCCCCUGAUGACCUUCACCCACUAUGAUGACUUCCUGCGGGCUGUAGAGCUGCCGGAAAAGCGUGAGAAGCUGCGCCGAUUAUACAAAGUGCUGGAGCAGCUUCCUCCUGCCAACUUCAACACUCUGGAGCGCCUCUUCUUCCACCUGGUCAUAGUGGCCAAAGAGGAGAAGCACAACCGCAUGACCUCCAACUCGCUGGCCAUCGUCUUUGCCCCCUGUCUCCUGCGCUCACCCAAUACCUCUGACCCCUUCAUGUGCAUGAACGACAUCGGGAAGACCACCAUGUGUGUGGAGAUGCUGAUUAACGAGCAGUUGAGGAGGUAUACUGAGAAGAUGGGGGAGAUCGAGCAGCUGGAGCUGGCUGAAGCCAUGGCUAUCAAUCAAUUGAAGAGACAGAACACUGUCCUGGAGAAGGCCCCAGAGGCUGCCACACUGGAGCCCCCUGACAUGGAGGAGAGAAGCCUGAUGGAACGCAUCAAAUCUAUCAAGCAGGAGAAGGACGAGCUGGCCUGUCGGCUGCCUGAGUUGGAGCAGCCGGGCUCUGACCAUGAAAACCUGGACUCUGUGUCAUUGCUCAGCUGUGAGAGCCUGCUGGACAUCCGCUUCAGGAGCCCCUGCGCUGAGGGUUCUAAAUCAGGGAAGGAGGUAACCAGUGGGACACCCCACCCCACCCCAGCAAGCAACCAGGAGCCGUCCAGACGACACGCUGUCCAAUCCAUGUAUGUCACUCCCAGCCAAGGCCCCGCCUCAGAGGCCUGCAAGCCCGCCCAGCAGACUGGGAGGACCCUGUCUGAGACAGACAUUCCCUACAUAGAUGAGGACAUGUGACCCCAGACGGCCUGCCAACCAAGCUUAUGAAUACAGUGAUGAUGUAUGUUGUAUUUCUAGACUUUUUUUUAUCAGCUUUUCAUUUAUACUACUGAAGGUGUCGUGUUGGCUCUCCCAGCACUUUCAGGUCUGUUAUUGUAUAUGAAAUGUAACCCGAAAACCUUCUGCUGCUUCAGCAGCUCCUGUUUAUUUGGGUUUCUAUGGCCCAACUUUCUCUCUCUCUCAAGGGAUUUCUUGCUUAUAUUUAUUUACAGGAUUUCAUAGCAAAUUUAUAGCAGAUGACUCAAACCAAUUAACUACAGUUUGGUGUUCCAUUAAAGCUCUAUCAAACCAGAAUUAAUGCUGCAUUUUACGAUUAGCAUCCAAUAACUGACAUCAGUCAUAACUGACACCAGUCAGAACUGAGACCAAUCAGAACUGACCUGAGCCAGAACUGACCUCUGCCAGAAUUGACCCCAGUCAGUACUGACACCAGUCAGACCUAGCCAGGACACACAGAGGCCCCAGGGAUCAGGGCUGAGAGUCACUGGCUUAGUGAACCUUCCUCUUAAACUUUCACUUGCAAAUUAAUUCUGACUCAAAUAAUGAUUUGAGUCGGUUCAGAUUUGAGUUGAUUCAGAUUUGAGUCGGUUUAGAGCUGAACCAUCAGUUUCAAGCCGGCAGGCUUCUGGUUGUAAGUCUAGCUCCUUAACCAGUGCAAUGAACUAUACACAGAAUGUGACAGCACUGAGACUGGAAGAACACUGCCUGUCAUCUUCCGCAGGAGAAAAAUGAUCUUUAAAUAACCUGUACUGGUUCGCUGUCUGUCUUUGUGUGUUUGUCUCUUCUUGUCCAAGACCCCAAAGAUGCAUCAUUGUGUAAUAUAUGAAUGGUAUAGUAAGUGCAUUAUCAUUCUCUUUUUAUUUGUACUCAUAAUGUUGAGAUUUUAUUCUGUAAAUUGCAUUUUUUUUCCUUAAAAGUGCCAAAAUAAAAACAAGCUGGUAGUACCGUG